UUCUUUUAGCAAAAUAAAUGAGGGGGCGGAUCCGGACGCGAUGACGCUACCGGAAGCAGUGCCGCACGUGCAAACUGAACAUGCGCUGCAGGCCACGGGAGACGGGGAGGCCUGAGAAAAGAUCGUUUUACACACUCCACAUUUCUGAUUUGGACCAUGGCGGACUACCUGAUCAGCGGGCAGACCAGUUACGUACCGGAGGACGGGUUGACCGGACAACAACUGUUCAACUGUGGAGACGGACUCACAUACAAUGACUUCCUGAUUCUACCUGGCUACAUCGACUUUACAGCUGACCAAGUAGACUUGACAUCAGCACUCACCAAGCAGAUCACCAUGAAGACCCCGUUGGUGUCCACCCCUAUGGACACAGUAACUGAGGCCAACAUGGCUAUUGCCAUGGCGUUAACAGGGGGCAUUGGCUUCAUCCAUCACAACUGUACUCCAGAGUUCCAGGCGAAUGAAGUUCGCAAAGUCAAGCGAUAUGAGCAGGGCUUCAUUACAGACCCUGUGGUUAUGAGCCCCAGCGAGCGAGUGCGGGAUGUCUUCCAGGCCAAGGCGCGCCACGGCUUCUGUGGCAUCCCCAUCACAGACAACGGCAAAAUGGGCGGCAAGCUGGUGGGCAUCAUCUCUUCCAGAGAUAUUGAUUUCCUGAAGGAAGAGGACCAUAACUUGCCACUAAGUGAGGUGAUGACCAAGCAAGAGGAUCUAGUGGUUGCCCCUGCAGGAGUGACAUUGAAAGCAGCAAAUGAAAUCCUCCAGAGGAGCAAAAAAGGUAAACUUCCCAUAGUGAAUGAGGAGGGCUCCCUGGUGGCCAUCAUUGCACGUACAGACUUGAAGAAGAACCGGGACUUCCCUCUGGCCUCCAAAGACUCUCGUAAACAGCUGCUGUGUGGCGCCGCCAUCGGUACUCACAAUGACGACAAGUACAGACUGGACCUGCUGGUUCAGAGUGGGGUGGAUGUAGUUGUACUGGACUCGUCUCAGGGCAACUCGAUCUUCCAGAUUAACAUGAUCAAAUAUAUUAAAGACAAGUACCCCACCUUACAAGUUAUUGGAGGCAAUGUGGUGACCGCAGCUCAGGCCAAGAACCUCAUUGAUGCGGGCGUAGAUGCACUGAGAGUUGGGAUGGGCAGUGGCUCCAUCUGUAUCACGCAGGAAGUGCUGGCAUGCGGCAGACCUCAGGCCACCGCUGUUUAUAAAGUUUCCGAGUACGCCAGGCGUUUUGGUGUACCUGUCAUAGCUGAUGGUGGCAUCCAGACUGUUGGGCACAUCGCCAAAGCCCUGGCUCUGGGGGCAUCCACAGUAAUGAUGGGUUCUCUGCUGGCUGCCACCAGUGAAGCUCCUGGUGAGUAUUUAUUUUCUGAUGGGAUCCGGCUGAAGAAAUACCGCGGCAUGGGCUCCCUGGACGCCAUGGACAAAAACCUUGGCUCUCAGACCAGAUACUUCAGUGAGAGUGACAAGAUCAAAGUUGCUCAAGGCGUCUCUGGAGCUGUGCAGGAUAAAGGCUCCAUCCACAAGUUUGUCCCCUACCUGCUGGCUGGCAUUCAGCACUCCUGCCAAGACAUCGGUGCGAAAAGCCUCACGCAGCUCAGAGCCCUGAUGUACUGUGGAGAUCUGAAAUUUGAAAAGAGAACAGCAUCAGCUCAGAUGGAGGGUGGAGUCCACAGUCUACACAGUUACGAGAAACGUCUCUUUUGAGAAGAGGGGAACACUCGGGUGGAGAGAUAGUCCAGCAUAUGACACUACAAGCGGCUGCAAGACCUGCUUCGAAUCCUGUUCUCCAUGCAGCUGAUGUCUGAUUCACAUUAGACUAAAUAAUCAGUUCUCUUCCAGAGAUACGUUUGUCUUCCUUCCAGUGUCAUCUAUGCAUUGUGUUACUGUAGAGGUGUGUCUGUGUGUGUAUGCAUGUGUAUACUGAUUGAGAAAUUAGCAUUAUCAAUCAGUGCAUGUAUGAUCGAGUUGAAUGGGGAGGGAAAUUCACUCCUGAUGUAAUGAAAUGUCUCCAUGUUGUCUAUUUUAAAGCAAAAAAACUGAUUAAAAGGCCUCAGUGUUUUUCA